CGGGCCAGGCGUCUCUGGGCGUUGGAGCGCAGCGACCGACAGCGAGACUGUUCGCGCGGGACACAUGGACGGACGGACGCACAGACGGCCAGCGGGAAGCCCCCGGACCAUGGGCCGCCGCUGUUGCCUGGGGUGGGACUUCAGCACGCAGCAGGUUAAAGUUGUUGCUAUUGAUGCCGAGCUGAGCAUCUUCUACGAGGACAGUGUGCAUUUUGACAGAGACCUACCUGAAUUUGGAACUCAGGGCGGUGUCCAUGUACACAAGGACAGGCUGACGGUCACCUCUCCGGUCCUGAUGUGGGUCCAGGCUCUGGACCUGAUCCUGGAGAAGAUGAAGGCUUCCGGCUUCGACUUCUCUCAAGUUCUAGCCUUAUCUGGAGCAGGCCAGCAACAUGGAAGCGUUUACUGGAAGGCUGGAGCCAGCCGGACAUUGUCAAGCCUGUCACCUUCUCUCCCAUUACAUCAGCAGCUGCAGGCCUGCUUCUCCAUUAGCGACUGCCCGGUAUGGAUGGAUUCCAGUACCACGGCCCAGUGUCGCCGGUUGGAGGCUGCUGUAGGUGGAGCCAGGGCUCUCAGCUGCCUCACGGGGUCACGGGCCUAUGAGCGUUUUACGGGGAACCAGAUAGCGAAGCUUUCCCAGCAGGACCCUGAGGCCUACUCGCACUGUGAGAGAAUUUCCUUGGUCAGUAGCUUUGCUGCUUCGCUGUUCCUGGGUGGAUACUCGCCCAUCGACUACAGUGAUGGUUCUGGAAUGAACUUGUUACAGAUCCAGGAAAAAGUCUGGUCCCAAGCUUGCCUUGCCGCCUGUGCCCCCCAUCUGGAGGAAAAGCUCGGCUCACCCGUCCCUUCAUGCUCAGUUGUGGGAGCCAUUUCUUCCUACUAUGUCCAGCGCUACGGAUUCUCUCCAGGAUGCCAAGUGGUGGCCUUUACUGGGGACAACCCGGCGUCACUGGCAGGCAUGAGGCUGGAGGAAGGUGACAUUGCGGUCAGCCUGGGCACCAGUGACACCCUGUUUCUCUGGCUCCGGGAGCCCAUGCCUGCCUUGGAAGGCCACAUCUUCUGCAAUCCGGUGGACGAGCAGCACUACAUGGCCCUCCUGUGCUUUAAAAAUGGCUCCCUCAUGAGAGAGAAGAUCCGAGACGAGUCUGCUUCCUGUUCCUGGAACAAGUUCUCCAAGGCCCUGCAGUCCACAGAGAUAGGGAACAAGGGAAACUUGGGUUUUUAUUUUGAUGUAAUGGAGAUCACCCCUGAAAUUAUCGGGCGUCAUAGGUUUAAUGCAGAAAACAUUGAGGUCUCUGCAUUCCCGGGGGAUGUGGAGAUUCGAGCACUGAUUGAAGGACAGUUCCUGGCCAAGAGGAUUCAUGCAGAAGGCCUGGGCUACCGAGUCAUGCCCAAGUCAAAGAUUCUGGCCACGGGAGGAGCAUCUCACAAUAAGGACAUCCUGCAGGUGCUUGCAGAUGUUUUUGGGGCCCCUGUGUAUGUCAUAGACACCACCAGUUCGGCCUGCGUGGGCUCUGCAUACCGAGCUUUUCAUGGCCUUGCAGGAGGGACGGGUGUGCCCUUUUCAGAGGUUGUGAAAUCAGCUCCACAUCCCAGCCUGGCAGCCACGCCGAGUCCAGGAGCUUCCCAGGUCUACGAGGCCCUGCUCCCUCGAUACGCUGAACUGGAACAGAGAAUCUUGUCUCGCGCCCGGGGACCUCUGGAAUGAUUUCUGAGGGCCCAGGCACCCUGCUGCUGUCACCCUCCCACCUGCCCAGAUGCUCCAGUGGCACUUGUCCUCUUGUUUGGCCCAGCAGGUCUGGGCUGUGCUGACUCACUGGAGCGCUCCUGUCCUGUUCUGGACCAUCCUGAAGCCAGGACUCCCUGGAGACGUGGGCUGUGUGCCCUGGGGUGGGAAAGCAUUUUCUCCCUUUCUGUCUUUCAUUCAGGAAAACAGAGUGUAAAGUAUGGGCACCAAAGACAAUCGUGUCCCCUUCCAAAGGCAGAAACUCUCUUUCAGCAACAAAAUAGAGAGACAGCCUUCUCCCGGACUCUGACCACUCCUCUGCCCUUACCUUCAGCCACCUCACCACACUGGGACCACUCCCUCCAUCCUUCCCUGCAAACAGACUUUAGCUACUUCUCCCCCUCCUGUCCCCCUCCCAGUUGUUUCCACCCCCUGCUUCUGUGAUUUCCCAGGGCCCUCUCCUGUCUGCCCAUCUUCUGCCCUUCAUCCUCCCCCACCCCACACCCAUCUGCUCUAACUUCCCUCUCAAGAUGAGCCUCAUGGGCCUGGUGAACAUUCUUCCUGCAGCUUCUCCCAGCUGAGCUGGCCGGGCGUCUCCAGGAUAAACACUGUAGGGUUCUUCCCUAUUUCCCUGCAGUUCACACGAUGACAAAAUUGUGUGUUUCUCUGCAAGAAGUUUUUAAAUUCUGGAUUUCCCUCUUUUCUUUUCUCUUUGUUAGUUUUGUUUUUUUCGAGACAGGUUUUUUUUUGUGUGUGUGUGUGUGUGUGUAGCCCUGGCUGUCCUGGAACUCACUUUGUAGACCAGGCUACCCUCAAACUCACAGAGAUCCACCUGCCUCUCUCUCCCAAGCACUGGGAGUAAAGUGGUAUACUAUUGUACCCUGCAUCUUUCUUUUCUUUCUUUUUUUUUUUUGGGGGGGGGUCUCCUGUAGCCCAGGCUGCUCUUGAACUUCUUUGCAGCUGAAGGUGACCUUAAACUCCUGAUCUUCCUGCCACCAUCUCCCAGGUUUAUGCAAUACCAGGGAUCUAACCCAUGGCCUCAUAUGUCUAGGCAAACACUACCUGCUGCACCACAUUCCAGUCUAGAUUUCCUUUUCACUUGGCAUACUUUAUGACCCUCACUUCACAUGUCCUAUGUAUUUGAGCACAUGCUGGCUCCUCCCUCCUUCCCCUUCACUCCUGGGCUACUUUAUAUGUCUCAGUUUCUUCCUCGGAUUUCCCCUGGGAUCUCAUUCCUGCAUCACCCUCUGCCACACAGCUGGCUGCGCUGAGCUCAGGACUUGUUUUAAACCAGAUCUGAUACAGUGGCAAGAUGAGACCAGGUGGCUCAGAGCAGUGACUGCUGGGAAGUCAAAGGGAGCAAGCCUAGGCUGGAAGAGCAUUGUGUCUCCAUGUGGAGUCACUUCCUUGGAAGGGAAGGCUCAGUGUGGGAGGGGGAAAGAAGCAGCAAGCAGCCAUCUUGAUCAUAGCAAACCCACAAUGGACAUGGAAGGAAGUGGCCACUGGGAUGUUGCUUGUGACAGAGAUUUUGCACUAUGGACCAACAGCAAAGGCUUCUGGGACCACAGAACAGUAAACAGGAUGACAUUCCAACAUAGAGCUUUCUCACCAUAAAUCCAACAGUUGUGGAUGAAAAAAAGGACACCGUAGGUGACAAAAGACAAAUACAGAUGGAAAGACAGCAAGCCUAUGUGAGAAGAGAGCGACUAAACAGAAGAAUAGCAUUGUGACAGACAUGGAGACUAAUCAAAGAGGAGGUAGAUAUGGCAGAAGUUCAGGGAGACCCCAGAAAAGAAAGGAGAAGAAUAAAGAUGCAGAAAGACAACAUGGAUAAUGCUGGAACAUUAGAGCUGUCAAAAACGCAAGACAAGAUCCUUGUUGAUGUUUAAAACUACCCAAAAUAAAAACAAAAAUUUGAAAACACCUGAAA